AUGAUUCUGCCGAUGGCCAUGUCUGAAGUCAUUUUCUUGCUUUUGGGCUGGGUUUGGAGAUCAAACUGCCUCUGCUCACCCACCACAUUUUACAAAAACUGCUGGAUCCGACAGUUCCCAGGACUGAGCAUUGAUCUGGAGCCCUCGCAGAAGAGAGGAGCACACAUCCUGAAAAGAUACUCAGCAGCCUCAGCCCAGCAGUGCAGCCAGACCUGCUGCCUCCUCAAGAACGUGUCCUGCAAUUUGGCAGUUUUCUACUCUGAAAGCAAUAAUCGAAGCCUUUCCUGCCUCCACGCUUAUUGCCCAGCUCUGGAGAGCUGCAUAGUGAAGCCGGGGGCCAGUGCGGUAUUAUAUAACAUCACACCAGGAAUGGAUCCAGACCUCCUUGUUUUUGAGAAACUGUCUUUUAAAGAGCCGAAUACCAGAUCCUCUUUUAAUAAAUGGGAGAGGCACAGCAGUGGAAGGGCUGCUGACUCAGAAAAAUGCCAGGAUGCAUCGACUGGUUCACAGUGCCUUCCAGCCACGGCAGCGUCUUCUGCGAUGGUCCAGGACCUGGGAGCCAGCCAAAGCAGCAACCACCCUCACCUUGCAAAUGGCUCCAUCCACCACAUGGCAUCCACCACCCAUUUAGGAUCUACAACUGCAUCACGCAAAGAGCGUUUCACUCAAGUUACAGAGGUUGUUUCCAGAAGGAAAGGUUCGACAUCUAAUUCAGACGGUGCAUCUUUGCUUCCUACUCCAACACUCACAUCCGUUAAAAUGUUAUCCCAUAUGCCCAGCCCAGCCCAUCUGAACAGCAGUAAACAACACUUAAAUGAAACUAAAGGCUACAGUGGGAGGAAUUACACUUCAGAGAACGAAGGCCAGCGGCCAGCCUGGGAAGGGGUGCAAAGGGGGAGAUGGUUGCUUCCCAUAGCACUUGGUUCUUCCCUGAUUUUGAUUUGCUGUUGCACUAUCCUUCUCGCAAUGGGAUGUCGCCGCAAGAGGAGGGGACGCUACAAACCUAGGCGCAGAGGAAUGUCAGCACCCAGGCAGUUCGUAAGAUACACCAUGGUUAACAAUAGCACUUAA